GAUAGCUAACGGCCCAGAGAAACAGAGUGGAAAAUGCAAAACAACGAAAUUAUAAAACCUGCCAAAUACUUCUCAGAGUUGGAAAAGAGCAUCUUGCUUGCUUUGGUAGAAAAGUACAAAUAUGUGCUGGAGUGCAAGAAAAGCGAUGCCCGAACUAUCGCCCUCAAGCAGCGGACCUGGCAAGCGCUUGCCCACGAAUACAACUCUCAGCCCAGCGUGUCGCUGCGGGAUUUCAAACAGCUCAAGAAGUGCUGGGAGAACAUCAAGGCUCGGACCAAAAAAAUUAUGGCCCACGAAAGGAGAGAGAAAGUGAAGCGAAGCGUCAGCCCACUGCUGAGCACCCACGUCCUGGGGAAGGAGAAGAUCGCCAGCAUGCUGCCCGAGCAGCUGUACUUUCUGCAGAGCCCGCCCGAGGAGGAGCCCGAGUACCAUCCUGAUGCCGCAGCCCCAGAAUUAAAUGUGAGGGAGUCUGAUGUAAGAGUUUGUGAUGAAUCAUCGUGUAAAUAUGGAGGAGUCUGUAAAGAAGAUGGAGAUGGUUUGAAAUGUGCAUGCCAAUUUCAGUGCCAUACAAAUUAUAUUCCCGUCUGUGGAUCAAAUGGGGACACUUACCAAAAUGAAUGCUUUCUCAGAAGGGCUGCUUGUAAGCACCAGAAAGAGAUAACAGUAGUAGCAAGAGGACCAUGUUAUUCUGAUAAUGGUUCUGGAUCUGGAGAAGGAGAAGAGGAAGGGUCAGGGGCAGAAGCUCACAGAAAACACUCCAAGUGUGGACCUUGCAAAUAUAAAGCUGAGUGUGAUGAAGAUGCAGAAAAUGUUGGGUGUGUAUGUAAUAUAGAUUGCAGUGGAUACAGUUUUAAUCCUGUGUGUGCCUCUGAUGGGAGUUCAUAUAACAAUCCUUGUUUUGUUCGAGAAGCAUCUUGUAUAAAGCAAGAACAAAUUGAUAUAAGGCACCUUGGCCAUUGCACAGACACAGAUGAUACUAGUCUACUGGGAAAGAAAGAUGAUGGACUACAAUAUCGACCAGAUGUGAAAGAUGCUAGUGAUCAAAGAGAAGAUGUUUAUAUUGGAAACCACAUGCCUUGCCCCGAAAACCUCAAUGGUUACUGCAUCCAUGGGAAAUGUGAAUUCAUCUAUUCUACUCGGAAGGCUUCUUGUAGAUGUGAAUCUGGUUACACUGGACAGCACUGUGAAAAGACAGACUUUAGUAUUCUCUAUGUAGUGCCAAGUAGGCAGAAGCUCACUCAUGUUCUUAUUGCAGCCAUUAUUGGAGCUGUGCAGAUUGCCAUCAUAGUAGCGAUUGUCAUGUGCAUAACAAGAAAAUGUCCCAAAAACAAUAGAGGACGUCGACAGAAGCAAAACCUAGGUCAUUUUACUUCAGAUACUUCAUCCAGAAUGGUUUAAAUUUAUGACUUUUAUAUGUACACUGACCAUGUGAUGUACACUUAUUAUGUCUUUUUUUAAAGAAUGGGAAUAUUUAUUUCAGAGGCCUUAUUUUUGGACAUUUUUAGUGUAGUACUGUUGGCCUGUAUUUAGAAUAUUCAGCUACAACAGUUUUGGACUGUUUAGAAGUCUUUGUUUUAUGUUUUUAAAUGCAGAAAUUGAUUUAACGAAUUUGUACCACAUGGUAAUUCCAAGACUAGUUCUUUACCCAUGGAAUGUAAUAUUUUUGCAAAAAUGGACCCACUUCACAAAUGGUUAUAAAGUCAUACUCACUUCUUCUACAAUAACCACAGCAAAUGACCAAGCAUGAACUAAAAUUAAAGAUGUUUACAGAUUACUUUUCUUACAAAAAAAAAAUUCUAGAAGACACUGUGUUUAAAUAGAUAUUUAAAUGUUUUUGAGAUUUAGUACCUGAUUUUUUUAGACACUGCCUACCGCAUGAACUGUAAAGCUGUGUGUGUUAGAUGUGAAAUAUUUAUAAGAUGUAUGGACUGGAAUUUGCUUAUUCCUCUCUUUGAAAAAAUAAUUCUCAUAAUUUGAAAAAGUACCUGGUAGUAAUGAUGCGACAGAUCACUGAAAAGUAGAUUUAGGUGUUGUUAAAAUAGGCUUUUAACAAACAGAUUGGAAUAAAGCCUACACUGUCAGUGAAACUACUUUAAUACACAUUCAUUUUUAAACAAAAUAUUUGUUUUAACAUGCAUAAACAAAUUGUACCAGUGUUUGUAAAUACAAUACAAAAAUGAUUGUUACUGAUUGGUGCUCUUAAAGUGAGCUUAAAAAUGACCUAAGACCUCUAUCCAAAUUUGUCCUGUAGUCAUAGCUAUAUUAGUAGAUUGUUGGUGUUUAAAGGUCUGAAGUGUGAGUAGACUGUAUUGAGCUGUUUAAUGUGUAGUUUAGAUACUCAAAAAUAUGCAUGUAGAAUUUAAAGAAUAAUGAUUGAAAUUAAAUAUUAAUUUUAAUAUUUGGUUUGGAAAAGCAUGUCAUAAUAUAAUGUUUUCACUA